UUUGUGAUUGGUUAACAGCGCGUCUCCGAGCGCAGUGUCUGAGUGGGGGCGGAUCGACUCUCAGUCAGUCGGAACGCCGUGGAGAUGAACUGAACCGUGUUUCCAAUGCGAAAAGCCGGGGGAGAUGAGCGGAGAAUACCAGAGAUGUCCUGGAACGUAAUGCUACCCUGGAGCAUGGACUGAUUAGAGAAGACAUCUCUAACCUGAUUUCUAAGGUGGACAUUAGCAAGUCAGGGGAGACCUAGAGGUAGCAGCUUAUUUCUACUUCAUAUGCAUUGGUGUGAAACUUCCAAAUGUGCCUAAAAACACAGAAAUGAAGAUGCGUGAGAAUGAUUGACUUAGCUGUGGGUUUUGAUGCAUCAUCGAAGUGAAGCCACAAGGUCCACCAUUCCAAUCAGACUGAGUUUUCAGUUUUCAAACAUUUUGUGAAUGAAGUCACAUGUUUCUACUGCAGAUGCAUAUUAUUCUAUCGCAAGACACAUUUGGCAAUGAGUAACUCUUCAACAAUCGUGCCUCCUGUUGACAAAAGUAAUGCAGUUGCGGGAUUUGUUCUAGUACCUUUCUUUCUUCUGACAUUAGUUGGAUUCACUGUUGCUAUGGUGAUGUAUAUUCAGAAGAGACGCAGAUUAGACAAGCUUAGACACCAGCUACUUCCUGUUUAUACCUAUGAUCCCACCGAGGAAAUGAAUGAAGCUGAGGAAGAGCUUCUCUUGGAUAGUGAUGAAUCUAAGGUUGUGCAAGGCUGGGGGACCUCACAACAGUACAGAAGAACAUUUUUGACAAAGGGUAUUAAAGCCUGAUUCUUCUGUUACAGCUUUGAUGUAACUCAAAGGCAGUUGUCGGUCCAUAUGUUUUCACAGUUGAAUGCCUACAAAAUACUGUUUAUAAAUCUGGUGUGCAGAAGUGAAACUUGCCAAUCACCAGAUAACUUCUUACAUACAAGUAAAGUUUGUAAUUGAAUGGCAUGUUUGAUGCAAAUUUGGAAGCAGCAAUCUAUUUUAUUUGCCUUAGAGGUACAGCAGGGUUAUGGACAUGUUACACUUACAUACAGGAGGUAGUAUUGAUCUCCGGCAAGUCAGUGCAUUAAAUACACAUUGAUACACAAAUUAUUAAGAGAUUUAUUUUUUAAUUCAAGAUUUUUGUUUCUAAUUUUAAUUUGUGUAAAAUUAAUUACAAUAUAAAUGAGAGGGUUUUAGCCAGUGGAGUACCUAUAAUGGUGGCAGCAGGAUCUGUGGGUUCUUUGGUUUAUUGGGUAUAAUUUUGUUUGGGGAUGUUUAGUCAGAUUCUGUAUACAGAAGAUGAUAUAAAAUUUGUUCAUAUGAGUGCAAAUGUUUUGAAAGGUCAGUGCAGUGCUGGAAAACAAGUUGGCGUUUUGUUGAGGCAUAUGCUGAUGUGUAUUUACAUAAUAAACCAUGUUCUUCCUUGAACAGUUCCUGAUUAACUGAGACCUUGAAUAAAAUGUUUGUUUGAGUCCUCA